UCGAGUUUCUUGCAAUGGGCGAGGACCUGAGCGACCUUCAGUAUGUCGAUGCGCGGAUUGUCUCGAGGAUUAAGGCAUUCGUGCUGGUCGGGCAACAAUUCUCGGACACACCCGAAUUGUGUCUGCUCUCAAAUCCGUACCCAUUGACAGAUAUCGACCUGAGCGUGGACGAGUUUCCCUAUUUGCACGGAGCCAUUCAGCAACUGCCAAGGCUCGGGGUGUUGGAUAUCGUGUUCAAGAAACACUGGAGCGCCCGCAAGCACCCUUACACACUUUUGCCAGGGUGAAAACAUGCCUGCAAUCGAGGACACAGCACCUAGCACAUACAGGCAUGGAACCAAUACUAUCGAUGCCUCCGACCUGCCCCCAAUCAGCACCUCGCUCUACUAUGUCAGUAUUGCACACAGCGGUCCAGAGAUGUUCCAUCGUGCCUGUAUUCUCAUUCGCAGCUUGCCCAACCUGACGAAGGUUGCUGUCCACGAGAGUAAUGCGCUUGACAUUCUUGAAUUCAAUUGCAUAAGGGGCAGAGGUGUCAAAACCGAGGUGUAUGGCUAGGAGUCCUGGCUUUCUUGAAGAUGUACCAUAUGUAUCUAUCAUAUUUAUUCCAAUCGCAUAUUUUUUCAAACAA